AUGAAUGCUGCCUUCACACUAAUUUUCUUCUCACUGGGAACUCUGGCCAGCGCUGCUCCCUUGGGUCGCGGAGGCCUGCACAGAUCCUUCAGCAAGAGCGCCGCCCUUUCCAUGAAAGUCCAGCAGGAUGUGCAGACACUCCUCACCAAAUACAAGGUGGUGAGGUUUGGGACGUCAUCAUUUGAAGACAACUCGCUGUUCCUGAGCAGCCUCCCAAGCAGCCGGAUGAGUUACACACACUGGCUGGAUAUGCAGGACGCGGAACGCCUGACGCUGGACUGUCGGGAUCUCCAGGCCUUCUGGAUCCACGUGGACUCCAGGCACCUCCAGGAGCUCAGCCAACCGUCGGUCUCAACCCUGGUGCGUUUGAUGGAAGUUGUUUCGCUGGACCUGAGAGACCUGAUUUCCCAGCUCAGAACUCAGAUCCGAGCCUUGAAUGGCACCGUCCUGGAUCCCUCCGAUGUCAACUACUCUCUCCUGGCCCCAAGCGCUGAAAGUGAUUGGACCAGCAACUUAAAGGGAUACAUCAUCUUCCGGGACCUGGAGAUCUACCUGAACAAGGUUGUCCGAGACUUCCUCCUCCUAAAGACCAAAUACUGA